UCGCUCCCGACUCACUUUCCCCGUUCCUACCGCUCCUGUAGCACCUUCUGCAUGAGGUCACUCAGCGCCGAGGUCAAUCAGCGCCGGAUUUCGUGAUCUUCGCUGAGGCUUCACGAUGGGAGCUUCGGAGUCCAAGCUUGUCUUCAAGCAGGGCAUCUUCCGUCUGUCAGAGGAGAAGGACAUUCCUGCGGAUGAUCCCUACUGGGCCAGAUUCUGGGAGCUCCCAGAGUCCACCGAGGAUGUCUUCAGCCUGUUCACCCCCGCCGAUAUACGACGCACCCGCGAUCAUGCUUUAUCGAACUUCGAAACGCUUCUUCUCUCUGUCACCUCUCGCCUCACCGUCCUGAAAAAUCACCCAUCGUUCCCCGACCCAGAUCUCGCCCCCGACCGCGAUGCGCUCAACUGCAUCCGCAUCCUCACCCGCAUCCUCCCCUUCAUUUACGAGGCGGAGCACCUGGAGGACUGGGAGGAGAAGUUCUUCUGGGCCCGCCGCAAGAAGCGGACAAGAGAGACCCAAGUGGCUGCGGAGAUACUGUUCGAUGAGGCGCAGACGGAUGAACAAGAGAAUGCCCCGCGGACCAGCGACUAUGAGGACGUGAAACCCUUGGCCGAGGAGCUGAUCGACAACCUGUUGGACCUGCUUUUCUACACCGGAUUCACCAUUCCUCAGCUAUCAGCGGCGAAGAGCAAGAUCUCGUACUCGAUUUGGCAGAGUGGUGUGGGCUGCAACACCUCCAUGGGUUCCACAAAAGAGCUCGAGAGCAACCGCUGCGAGGUCCUCCGGUUAUUCCUCACGCUGACGGGGAAAGCCAUGUACAUGCCGUCCAGUCUACUUCCCGUGCAGGGCGUCCGGGCAAUCUCCUACAUGACCACUUGCUCGGACAAGCAGGUGGUUCUGACUCUACUCUGCUCGCUACUUAACACUGCUGUCAAAUACAACCCUGCCUCCUGGAGAGUGCCGUAUGACCAUGUCGUCUGGAAAGACCCCAAGCAGAUACUGGUCAUCUACUGCUUACAACUUCUCCUGGUGCUUCUGCUAUAUCCGGUCCCCGAGGACGGCCGCGGAACUCCACCCAAGAACUACUAUCGGCACUACUUUGGAAGAUUGCAUCGGCCGCAGGAUUUCCAAUUUCUGACUGACGGCAUGACCAGGAUCUUAAACCAGCCGAUGCAAGCGACGAACGCGUAUCUCCCCGGUAGUCAGAGAUCGGUCAAAUGGGCACCUGAAAUGCUGGUCCUCUUCUGGGAGGCUUUGCAAUGCAACAAACGGUUUAGGUCCUUUAUUAUCGAUUCGAACCGCUCGCAUGAUUUUAUGAUCCUCUGUAUCUUCUAUGCCAUCGAGUACAAAUCCGAUCCUGCUAAGCAGGGUGUAGUCAGGAUGUGCAUCUUUAUCAUGCAGACGAUGAGCGUGGAGCCCAAUUUCGGCAAGAGUCUGAACACAAAGUUCGAGGCACAGGAGACUCUUCCCCAGAGUAUCCGCAUCCCUGGCUUCAGGGGGUCGCAUGCUGAUUUUCUCAUCAUGUCUGUCCAUACCCUGAUCACUGCGAGCAAGGGAAAGCUGAAUGCUGUGUAUCCCGCUCUCCUGGCGAUCAUCAACAACAUAGCACCGCAUGUCGAACAUCUGUCUCCGGGCUCGUGCUCCAAGCUGCUGCAACUCUUCUCGUUUAUGUCCGCCCCGAGCUUUCUCCUGGCUAACGAGACGAACCAUGUCCUUCUUUCUUCGGUUCUUGAGUCUAUCAACUCAAUCCUGGAGCACCAAUUCACCCAAAACCCUUUCCUGGUGUAUGCCAUUCUGAAGUAUAGAAAGCGUUUUGAAGCAGUGCGAGAAUUUACACUCGAGAGUGGACAACAAGAGAUAGAACGCCAGAACGAGAGGAGAAAGUCCGGGGGUGACUUUGUCUCUAGUCCUGUUCUUGCGCCGUCCGAUGAAGACACUCGUGUUUCUUCCGAAACGCGGUCGCCAUUGGGCCGCAUCCCCGAAGAGAACAGUCCUUUUGCGAUUGGCGGUGAUGAUGACUCGGACGACGAAAGAGAGGGACAGAGCACACCGGCGCAGGACUCGCCUUCCGUGCAGACCUCUCGACGACCCUCGAUCUCCUCCGUCGUGGACGAGAGCGUCCCUUUGCAGCUGCGAGGCAUGUCCGAAAAGGCCCGGGGCAAGAUGCCUGCUGGACAGCCCUCUUUUUCUCGGCAGAAUAGCAUCACGAGUCAGAGUAGCAUGUCGGCAGCGUUCUUUGCAUCCUCCAGUGGUUUCACGCCGACCACGGCUUGGCUUGAAUCCUGGUUGCCUGAGCUACCCCUUCACACCAUCCUUACGAUCAUCUCGGCCAUAGCACCUCACGUUCCCGAGUCCGCCUUCCAGUCGGCCUCUAGCCCUGAGGCCCGCACCCUUAUCACGAACCUCCCCUCGUUUCUGGAGGACCCGGUGCUCAAGACCAUCGUUUCAGAACCCUCGCCGGUUCGCGUCCACUCAUUUGAAUGGUCGGCGCUGUCAUUGGGCUGGUACGAGUCGCUGCUCUGGGGCUUUAUCUUCUCGAGCGAGAUGGUCGUGGGGUCUGCAUCGGGGGCCACGCCGGGUACUGUGGGUGUUUGGAACGGAACUGGGAUCAAGCUGUUCAAGGUCCAGGAGGCCGCAGCUCAAGGUCCCACCCUGCUUGCCCCCAAGGGUGCCGUCGAUGCUGUAGGCAGCAACCUGGUCCAGCGCAUCGGCAACCUGAGUUUCCGGCGCAGUAGCACGCAGGACUCGCAGACCAGCUCCAGGCCACCGUCUAUCCGGGAGGUUUAAGGUGACCACCUAUCCAUCCGUUCAGUUCCUGUAAUUCCCGCCCGGCCAGGGAUGAUUCAUGUCAUUUAGUAAAGUAGCUUUUUUUCUAAUGAUCGUUAUGGUUUCCAUGAUACCUCGCGGCGUUUGCGCGAUGGCGGUUUUUGUAUGCGC